GCAGGCAGCCGGCACCAUGUCAGAGACUUACGAUUUCCUGUUUAAAUUCCUGGUUAUCGGCAGCGCGGGAACAGGGAAGUCAUGUCUUCUUCAUCAAUUCAUUGAAAACAAAUUCAAACAGGAUUCCAACCACACCAUUGGCGUUGAGUUUGGAUCAAAAGUAGUUAACGUCGGGGGCAAGAGUGUUAAACUACAGAUUUGGGACACGGCAGGGCAAGAACGUUUCAGGUCAGUAACAAGGAGUUACUACCGGGGAGCGGCAGGGGCACUUUUGGUCUAUGACAUUACAAGCCGCGAGACAUACAACGCACUCACAAACUGGUUGACGGAUGCCCGAACCCUCGCCAGCCCUAAUAUCGUCAUUAUUCUCUGCGGCAACAAGAAGGAUCUGGACGCGGAUCGAGAGGUCACGUUCCUGGAGGCGUCGCGCUUUGCACAAGAAAACGAGUUGAUGUUCCUGGAGACCAGCGCGCUGACUGGAGAAAAUGUGGAAGAAGCAUUUCUGAAGUGUGCAAGGACUAUCUUAAAUAAAAUUGAAUCGGGCGAGCUCGACCCUGAACGCAUGGGCUCGGGGAUCCAAUACGGUGAUGCUUCACUACGCCAGCUCCGACAGCCCAGGAGCACGCAGGCACAGAACAGACAGCAGUGCAACUGCUAGGCACAGAGGUGGGGUCCUGAUGCUGCAGAACUCGUGCAAAAGCAGUGCUGCAAGUUGAUCAGUUUGCCGGUGACCUGUGGACCAGAGGGUAAAGCACUGCCCGUGGUUGAUGUCUCUGUGGCUUGGUGCCUUGCCCUGCGGUCUAGUGAUCCUCCCUGUACAGUAUACUGUGUGUCAUCUGCCUGUUUAGUGAGCAAAUCCUUUCAAUUCCAAUGUUUUAUAUUGCUGUACUCCUUUAGGUUGGCCACCCUAAGCCACAUGACUCCAGCGGGUGCACAGAAGGAAAAUAUUAUCCUCUUUUUAUCAAAAAAAAAGAGACCACACGAUAAGGUGUGUGGAAUGGUUUAGAUUCUCCCGUUUGGGCUGUUAAUUUUUUUAUUUCAGUGAAGAGUGUUGCUACUGAACUCCUAACUAUACUGGCAAACUCCGUGCAAUAGAUUUUAUUCGCCACCCACCGCCAUUUUGAGUGUGUUCAUUGUUCAAAGUGGCCGAUGUAGAUAGACUUUCUCCAUUCUCACAUAGCCGCAACUUAUUGUGCUUUAGCACGAAAGGGCACAAUGACAUUUAAUUUCAACCUUGCUGGCAGCGUUGCCUUGGCACUUGACGACUGGUUUCUGCUCCGGUUUUGGUCAUCAAGGCUCUUAUACAUUCAGGUUCUCUGCCUGCUAGUCUAAAGAUGCUCCCUAUCCCCAAAGUCGCCCGCUCCCGCCCCUUGUUUCCCCAAUAUCUUGCAAAUCUGGCGCUUGUUCUCCACAAAGCUUAUUUGACCAUAUCACCUUGCACCUAUCUUCUGGUGCUCUGGUACCUGCCCUCUCUGUCCUGGGGCAAAGGUCCCAUCCCUGGAAACUUGCUACAUCAGACUGCUGGCCAUUUGGGUAGAUUGUAGACAAACA